CUAACUGGGGGGUAUAAAUUGAACAACCCAGACUGUGGAAAAGACACAACACUUGUUUGCCAAGUAAGCUCAACAGCACCUCUCCUCUUCCUCAACAUGUACAAGUCAAUGACCCUUUUGGUUUUGGUGGCUUUGGCCGCUUGCGCUUUCGCCAUGGAGGCCCAGGAUCAGGAGGCUGCUGAGCAAUACUACCACAUUCAUGGUGUCUACCCAUCGUGGUACCAAUACGGCGUCAAUGCCUUCAACGGAGUCCGCGCCUUCCCCGGCUACCCCGGCUACCCCUACCCCGGCUACCCCAUCACCGGUUACCCAUCUGCCGUCUACCCCGCCGCUGCUGCCUCCACUGUUGUUAAGAACGUCGCCUAUCCUUACCCCGGCUACCCUUAUGGCUUCAACACUUACCCUUAUGGCACUUACGGAGCCGCCCCAUACGUCGCCGCUGCCGCAGCUGCUGCUCCCGCAAAGGCCUAAAUUAACACAAGACAAACGACCAUCCCCAUCAUUAUGCGUCUAUAAGAAAAAUUGAUCAAUUUAACCCACUGUGCUGUCAAUAUUUGGGAAUAGUGUGAUGUUGAUUGUCACAUGGUAGCUAAUAAUAAUUCACCUGAAAAUGUUUUCAUUUAGAAAGAACAAGCAGAGCAUGUUCGAAACUAAAGAAAUACAAAUUCGUCGACAGUAUAA